GUUCGUCAUCCAGUCAGUCUUGUUCGUUCGGUCGUCGUGUUCAGUCGUGAAUUGUUUACGGGAGGAAAUUGUGUCGUUUUAGUUAUUAUUCUUUUAGUGAAUUUUAAGUACCGUUUUGGAGAACGUGCAAUUCUUUAUAAUUUUCUUUUCUCGGACCUAAAGUGACAACCGUGUUUCAAAAUUUCGAUUCAACAUCAUUCUAUUUCGAAGAGAAAUUGUGUGAUUAUCGUUAUUAGUGUGGAAUUUUCCUUGUGAUCUCGGUUUUGCUUUUGCCAUUGAGACGUGACCGCGAAGAAGAGGCAGACAGAACGUGAGAAGUUCAAAAAUAACAUCUUCCAAGCCAUAAAAGGGCAUCGCAUCGCGGGUUGGAAAUUGUUUUCCCCGUUCGCAAGCGCGAACCGUCUGAGAGAGGAGAACCGCGUGGGGCGGAACCACCCCCUCUUCCGGUGACCAAACGGGAGGAAGGCUGGAGGAUUUUUAGUACAAAAUAAACGCAAUUUCACACUGAGCCAGCAAGAUGCCUGUGUUUCACACGAAAACGAUCGAGAGCAUCUUGGAGCCGGUUGCACAACAGGUCUCCCGAUUGGUAAUCCUCCACGAAGAAGCCGAAGAUGGCAACGCAAUGCCCGAUCUCAGCCGACCGGUGCAGGCCGUUUCGCUUGCAGUUACCAACUUGGUCCGGGUUGGGCGCGAAACCAUACACAACUCCGACGACGACAUUCUCAAGCAGGACAUGCCCUCGGCACUGGCCAGGGUCGAAAAUGCCGCACAGCUGCUGGAGGAAGCUUCCGGUAUGCUCAAGAUGGACCCUUUUUCCGGACCGGCACGUAAGAAGCUGAUCGAAGGAUCGCGGGGGAUUCUACAGGGGACGUCGUCGCUGUUGCUGUGUUUCGAUGAGUCCGAGGUGCGCAAGAUCAUCCGGGAGUGCAAGCGGGUGCUGGACUAUCUGGCCGUGUCCGAGGUGAUCGAUACGAUGGAGGAUUUGGUACAGUUUCUGAAGGAUUUGAGUCCGUGCCUUAGCAAAGUAUCGAGGGAGGUUGGGGCUCGCGAGAAGGAAUUGACUCACCAGGUGCAUAGUGAGAUUCUGGUGCGGUGUUUGGAGCAAGUGAAGAUCUUGGCGCCGAUUUUGAUUUGCAGCAUGAAGGUGUUCAUAUUGAUUGCUGAGCAGAAUGGAAAAGGUUCGGAUGAGGCGGCUGAGAAUAGAAACUAUUUGGCGUCGAGGAUGAGUGAGGAGAUUCAGGAGAUUAUUCGAGUGCUGCAGUUGACCACUUAUGAUGAGGAUCAGAGCGAAUUGGACAAUCUGACGGUGUUGAAGAAGAUCCACAAUGCGAUUAACAAUAAGAUGGAAGCGGCUAAUGAUUGGUUGAAGAAUCCGUAUGCAUUGAGGGGAGGCGUAGGGGAGAAGGCGUUGCGCCAAAUCGUGGACAACGGAUUGAAGGUUGCAGAUCGUUGUCUACCGCAGGAUUCGCAUAUUAUUCGGAAAUCGGCUGGAGAUAUUACGGCUAUGGCCAAUACCUUGUGCGAUCUUCGGCAGGAUGGUAAAGGAACCACUCCUCAUGCUGACGCGAUCGCCCGGGAUAUCCGCGAUAAGCUGGGUAAUUUGGAGCAAUCGGUGUUGAAUGCGAUAAUGGGAGUAGACAAGGCCGGACUUCAACAGACGGCGCAUACUGUUCAGGGUCGUCUUGAACAGGCUUGCCGUUGGCUGCAGAAUCCAGGUCAGGAUGAUCGUGGACUGGGUCAACGGGCAGUUGCCUUGAUUGUUGAUGAGGGUCGUAAGGUAGCUGAAGGUCUCGGUGGUCAUCAGAAAGCUGAAGUUAUGCAGCUCUGUGACGAAGUUGAACAGCUGUCCCACGACUUCUCGCAGAUGUGCUCCAACGGUUUGGGUCAUACUGCUCAAGCUCAGGAGGUGGCUCGUCGUUUGAAUGAGAAACUACAUGGUUUGAAGAAGCAGAUUCAGGAUGCGGUGGUCAGUCGCGUUGUCGAAGACUUCAUCGACAUCUCUUCUCCGUUGAAACAGUUUAUGGAAGCUGUAGCAUUACCGGAAGGAACUCCUGGGCGGGAACAGAAUUUCAACCAGAAAUCCAACAAACUGCAGAGCUUCAGUGAUCGUGCUUCCAAAACAAGUCGCAUGGUUGCCGCCGGAGGUUCCGGAGGUAACAAGAAACUCGCUGAAGUGCUUCUCUCGUCAGCUUCUCAGAUCGAUAGUUUGACCCCGCAGUUGGUCUCGGCUGGCAGAAUUCGUAUGAAUUAUCCAACCAGCAAGGCUGCUGAAGAGCAUUUGAACAAUUUGAAGCAGCAGUAUGCGGAUACGAUCCUGCGAAUGAGGACCCUCUGCGAUCAGGCCACAGACCCGUUGGACUUUAUCGAAGCUUCCGAACGGCAGAUGCAGAAGCAUUCGAUUCUGUGCGACGAAGCCAUUCGGAUGAGGCAACCACAGAAAAUGGUUGACAACACAUCCAGUGAGGCACGUCUGGCUAAUCGAGUGCUCCUGGUUGCCAAACAGGAAGCGGACAACUCCGAAGACCCAGAGUUCAUUUCCAACGUUAAUGAUGCUUCCGAUCGACUGCAGGCUUCCAUUUCUCCUAUGGUUCAGGAGGCGAAAAACGUUUCGACCAACAUCAACGACCCAAUUCAUGCUUCCAACUGGAGGGAAGCCAAUAAGCACCUCUUGCAAAAUGUGCGCAACAUUCGCAGUGCCAUCAACAAUGUUCCUGAGGUACCAGAAAUGCCGGAUCUAUCUGCCUUGCAUCUGCACCAGCAGCAGCAUCAGCCGCACCACGAAGCAGCUCCUCCACGUCCACCACUGCCACGGGAAAACAUUCCCCCGGUGCGUCCACCUCCACCGGAGACCGACGACGAGGAUGAGCUGUUCCAGGGAAUGCCCAAUGCCAACCAGCCCAUCCUCAUGGCGGCCCACGGAUUGCACCAGGAAGUGCGCCAGUGGUCGUCCAAGGACAACGAAAUCAUCGCCGCAGCCAAGCGGAUGGCCGUGCUCAUGGCACGCCUCUCGGAGUUGGUGCGGGCCGAUUCGAAGGGCAGCAAGCGGGAGCUGAUUGCCACCGCGAAGAAGAUUGCCGAGGCGUCGGAGGACGUGACCCGGCUGGCGAAGAUUUUGGCUCGGCAGUGUACGGACAAGCGUAUUCGUACAAAUCUGCUGCAGGUUUGCGAGCGGAUACCGACGAUCGGAACGCAGCUGAAGAUCCUGUCGACGGUCAAGGCCACCAUGCUGGGCGCGCAGGGUUCGGACGAGGAUCGGGAGGCGACCGACAUGUUGGUCGGAAACGCGCAGAACCUGAUGCAGAGUGUCAAGGAAACGGUUCGCGCCGCCGAGGGAGCCAGCAUCAAGAUCCGCUCCGACCAGACGAAUCACCGGUUGCGUUGGGUCCGUCGGCAGCCAUGGUACCAGUACUAAACUCCGGGCUGUUCCGCGAGUACGGCAAAACGAAAAGCACAAAGCGCUAUUAUACAACACACGCCAGGAAGAUAAACCGACUAACUAACCGACUUAUCGAUUUGGAUUUCUGUCGACUGUCUGUAAUGUUAGACGUUGUACGUUACGUGAAUGGCGUAUAGGUUCUAACAGUGUUAUCGCAACGAUUUUUAACCUUUACAUGUAGGACUUUGUAUUUAUUAAUUUUUAGAGAUCGUUAGGUCCGUUGAGGCGGCAAAAACCAAGUACUAAAAAUGCUAGUUUGUGAACGAAUACCUACUAACAUAGUUUUGGCAAAUGUCAAGUAAAGCAACCCAAGAGUAUCUGAACUUUGGUGGAACUCGAUUUACGGAAACGAAUCGAAAAGUAUUUUACAAAAGUGGGAAAAGGGAAAUUUUCGGGAAAACGUUGCCAAAAAAGUUUGAAAUGAAAUAUUUAGUGGAAACCAUGAAGUAAAAUACAACUGUCGUUGAAUCGUGAAUAAAUUUUAUCUGGAAAAUUGUUAGAGAAGUGACGAUAUGAAAAAGAGGAAAUUAACUAUUUUUAUCAAAGUUGAAUAAACAUUUUAUAAUGACGGUAAAUUUACAACUUUAACCACUACUAGCGUAGCAUGUAGUCGAUAUUCGUCGUUUUAUUAGCAGUUAUAGUCUAGUUUAUAUUAAAAAAAACUUUCGCGUAGGUGCAAUAUUUCUAGUAUUCGGAACGUGCAGCAGCAUUUUUUUUUUCUUUCCACGUAUAUAUUUAUGCAACACAACAUUGAGAAUGAAUCGAAUUACUGAAGCAACAGAUUUGUUUUUGAAAAUGGUAACUUACAACAAUCACUAACCCGUAAUUUUAUAGAUUAGUAAAUUUCCACCCCGAACCCCAUAGGCUUUUGCCCUUCUCUUGUUAUAUCGCGCUUACACUACUGAGACGGUAACGAAAGCUAUCGGACUUAUACAAGUAGGUAUCUCUAUAGGUUGUUUGUGUUAGAUCGAAAUAGUUAUACUGGUAGCCACAGGUAGAUCAGACGGCAGCAGCUAUUUUUAAACAUUUAUUGGUGGAAACAAUCUAACUACAGUGAAGAAAAGCGAAGCAAAAAUAUGGAUAACAAACAUGUGUUGUAAUAACAAGUGCCUAUUUAUAUUCAUUGUGAACAGUUUUUCUUGUUCCAGAAAUCUUUCGAAAUGUUUAGUUUUCUUUGGUUU